AUGAAGGAGGAGCUGGGCUGCCCCCAAACCCUCGGGGGCAGAACCGGGACCCCACUGGGUGCAGCCAUCGGGGGGCCCUGGCAGCUGCCCCGGCCCCGCUCGCUGCUGCUCCUGCUGCUCCUCCCCACGCUUCAGGUGCGAGGGACUCAUCCCGACUGCUCCAUCAUCCUCCACUUCCAGAAGCAAGAAGCAGAAUGUCUGGAGAGGAUCUGGAGCGAGAGCCAAACCCCAGCACUCCCUGGGCAGGAAGGCUGCCCGACGGAGUGGGACGGGGUGAGCUGCUGGCCCGCCCUGCCCCUUGGCCAGUCCCGAGCUGUCGCCUGUCCCGACAUCCUGAACGUCUUCAAGAAGUCCGAAGGGUGGAUCCAGAGGAACUGCACCAAGUGGGGCUGGAGCCUCCCCAGCCCCCCCUACCACAGCGCCUGCCAGCUGGAGCCCCUCGGCAGCAAUGACACCGAGGCCAAGAGAGGUCAUUUUGUCACCAUGAAGGUGCUCUACACCUGCGGCUACUCCACAUCGCUGGCAGCGCUGCUCCUGGCCAUCGGCAUCUUCUCCUGCUUCAGGAAGCUGCACUGCACCAGGAAUUCCAUCCACAUCCACUUCUUCACCUCCUUCAUCCUGCGGGGCACCGCCGUGUUCAUCAAGGACAGCGUCCUCUUCUCGGACGAGUCCAUCGACCACUGCACAAUGUCCACGGUUACCUGCAAAGCAGCGAUCGCCUUCUUCCAGUACUCAGUGCUGGCCAACUUCUACUGGCUGCUGGUGGAGGGGCUGUACCUGCAGACACUGCUGCUGCUCACCUUCACCUGCGACAGGAGCUACACCUGGGGCUACAUCCUCAUCGGCUGGGGUGUCCCCGUGGUCACAGUUGGGGUGUGGGUGCUCACCAGGCUCCAGUACGACAACCAUGGGUGCUGGGAUGACUACUCCAGCCCGUACUGGUGGGUGAUCAAGGCUCCCAUCCUCCUGGCCAUAUUUGUGAACUUCCUCAUCUUCCUCAACGUCACCAGGAUGUUGGCACAGAAGAUCCGGUGCCCAGACCUCAGCAGAACCCACAAGCAGCAGUACAUGAGGUUGACCAAGUCCACGCUGCUCCUCAUCCCCCUCUUCGGGGUGCACUACGUGGUGUUCGCGCUCUUCCCCGAGCACGUGGGCGUGGAUGCCCGGCUCUACUUCGAGCUGGUGCUCGGCUCCUACCAGGGCUUCCUGGUGGCUCUGCUCUACUGUUUCCUCAACGGGGAGGUCCAGGCUGAGAUCAGGAGGAACUGGGGCAAGUGGCAAAGGUCCAUGGAGAGCAACGUCUUCAACCUGGCCACCCAGGACUUCACAGCGUGACCAGGCCAGCGCUCCAGGGAAGAGCUGCUGGAGGAGCAGCUCCAUGGCUGUGGUCCCAGAAAGACCCAGCCCCCCUGAUUUUGGAGGUUCUGGGUCUAACACCCUCAGAGGGUGGUGGGAACAACCAUGGGAGAGGCUCUGCCUGCUCAGUGCUGGUGGAUCUUGCACCUGUGGUGGCACCUCACCCCUUGGAGCUCUGCUUUGGGGCAGAGUUUCAGGCAAAGGGAAGUUUUCCACUUUUCUGCCUGAAACUGGGAAGGCAACACAAAAUUCCUUUGCCAAAGGACAGCUGGUGGUUAUUGUUUGCACUGGGAGGAAAACGAGCGGCCCCGAUACUGAAGGGAUUCACUGAUGGAUAUUUUCCCCCUUCCUUGCUUUACAAAAUUUCCCUUCUGGGGAACACAGGAGCCACCCUGGGGAUAGGGGAAGGAUACAGAGAGAGGAAAAUCCCCACAGCUCUACAAGAGACCCCCAACAGCCUCAGGACCCAGUUCCCCACUUCCCAAAAUGCUUCCCUUUCUCCCAUGUCAGUUGAUUGAACUGGAGAUGUUCCCUUGCCAGGAGAGCUCUCCCAGUCCUUUGCACUGAGGAACUUCCCUGGGGUUCAUCUUCCAGGGAUAAGAAAAGUUUUGCCAAUAAAA